UUUCUUUUUUAAGUUGCAGUAUCCAACGAACUCAAAUCCCAAAUCUCAAAGCUUCUUCCUUUUUUGAGAGAGCGAAGAGAGAGAGAGACUGUGUGUUUCAUUCAUUCUCUCUGUCGCUUGAAGCUGCCUUAAAGACAGAGGAGAGAGAAACAAGAGAGAGAGAGACAGUUAAUGCGAGAUUGAUAUAUACUUUAAAGACUGUUUCUAUUUCUUGUCUCAUCAAACAGAUCUCGUGCCCUGAUUUAUCGCUUGUGCGUAACGGUCAUAUAUUCUCUCAACUCAACAGCCGUCACAAACUCCAUUUCCCCCACCCCGUUUUGCUUUUGAUCUCAGAGCUCGCGAUGCUGACGUGUAUAGCGUGUACGAAGCAGCUUAACACCACCAACAAUGGCGGAUCUAGACCCCAACAAGAAGAAGACGAAGAAGAAACAGAGACGCCAAGGACCAAACAAGCCACUAAAUCGCUGACGUCACAGCUAAAAGACAUGGCAGUAAAGGCUUCAGGAGCGUACAAAAGCUGUAAACCGUGUUCUAAGACAUCAUCAAACAACCGGAAUCAUCACUAUGCUGAUUCGGAUGGUGGUGAUUUGGAUUCUGGGAGGUUUCACUACGCGUACCAGAGAGCUGGGACUGGGACUGGGACCGGAACCUCGACUCCUAAGAUUUGGGGGAAGGAGAUGGAGUCUAGGCUGAAAGGGCUUUCGAGUGAAGAAGGUACACCUACUUCUAUGAGUGGAAGGACGGAGUCUGUAGUGUUUGUGGAGGAGGAUGAGGCUAAGGAGUGGGUUGCACAAGUUGAGCCUGGCGUUCUCAUCACUUUUGUGUCUUUGCCUCAGGGUGGCAAUGAUCUUAAGAGGAUCCGUUUCAGUCGUGAGAUGUUUGAUAAAUGGCAAGCUCAAAGAUGGUGGACAGAGAAUUCCGACAAGGUCAUGGAGUUAUACAACGUGAAGCAGUUCAAUCAGGAGAGCGAGGAGCCACUCCCAACCCCUCCCGCAUCUGAAGAUGGGGGCUCGCAAAUACAGUCGGCUAAGGAUAGCCCUGUAACUCCACCUAUGAACAAUGAGCAACCUCGAGGAAUCGGAUACUCUUCAUCUGACUCACUUGAUCAGCAACCAAUCCAAACGCCAAAACGUUACGACUCUGCUGGUCUUGCUUCAACACCAAAGCUCUCUGGCAUCAGUGGGACCAAGACUGAGACGUCGUCUAUUGAUGGUGGUUCUGUAAGAAGUAGCUCAGCAGAUGAGGGUUCCGAGGAGGUAUCGGUGAGCAACGCAAGCGACACGGAGACUGAAUGGGUGGAACAAGACGAGCCUGGUAUCUACAUUACAAUCAGAGCUUUACCAGAUGGUAGCCGUGAGCUUAAACGUGUUCGGUUCAGCCGAGACAAGUUUGGGGAAACACUUGCGAGGGUGUGGUGGGAACAGAACAGAGCGAGGAUUCAAAAGCAGUACUUGUGACUUGAUAGAAUUUACUAAACACUUUCUUUCUCUUUAUGGGAUAAAACAUACUUUCUUGUCUUUUAAACCUUGAACAAAAACAAGUGAUUAGACAAAGUUUAUGCGAUUUGAUUUAAUUCAUGUUUAGAAACCUACUUGCAGCAAUAACAAAAUGGAUGUAUUCUGUCUUUACCAUGUAUAAAAUUGUUUUUAUUAGGAAAUCACAUGAAAAGUUUUUUUUUCCUAAA